CUUGUCUAAAAUGACAAUAAUUCCAUUAAAAUUAUCUUGCGUCUCUUUUACAAAUAGAUCCAGUGUUGUUCGAAACGCGGAGAUACACUCUCGCGCAUUAUGUUUAAAUUUAGAAGUCCUUGACUUUAGAAUUUGAAUUUCGAAUAUUUUGAUAAUGAAAUAGUGAAUUUGUGGUAUUAACAUUGGGAUUGUGAGAAAGAAAUAUGUUUGUGUUUAAAGUGGGAGGGAGACAGCUGAUGCGAUGGAAGAAACGCCGGGUGUACGAGAGAGUGAAAUAUCACUCUGGGGCAGGAGUGUUCGGGCAUCGACCACAGAGUGUGAAUGAAACUGAUAUACCGGAAGAUGUUAUAGUGAGGAGAUACGAGAACUGCCGCGCGCAGCAACUAGUCAAUGCGUACCGUACACACGGUCAUCUCAAAGCUACCAUAGACAAUGUGGACUACAGAAAUGAAAAUAUGAACAUAAAGGAGCUCAGCCUAUCCAGAUACGGCCUCCAGAUUGAAGAUCAGGUGGAUUUAGGAUUGCUUUACGGGCACGAGGGCAGGCGGACGGCCGGAAACCUUAUCGAUGAACUAGAAAAUAUAUAUUGCGGACCUAUAUCUUAUGAAUUCUCCUAUCUCGAGACAGAAAACGAACGUGAAUGGUUCGCUCAGCGCGUCGAAAAUGGCAAAGACUCUUUGGACAAGGACAGAAGAGUGGAGAUUCUGAAAGAGAUGCUGCACUCCCAGGCCUGGGACAAGUUCCUGGGGGUGAAGUUCCCCACGGUCAAGAGAUAUUGUGGCGAAGGUGCCGAGUCUCUUCUCACAUUCUUCUCCACGCUGUUUGGAUUGACUACUUCAGAGGGUGUCCAGCAAGUGAUCCUGGGUAUGGCUCACCGGGGCAAGCUGAACGUCCUCAGCGGCUUGCUGCAGUGCCCCCCGGUCAAGAUCUUCAGCAAGUUUUCCGGGAAACCGGAAUUCCCGGACGAUGCUAAUGCUGUUUGUGAUAUUUCGACCCAUUUGGGCGCUUCAGCAGACAUUUUGGUGAAUGGAAAAACUGUCAGGUUUUCUUUGCUCAAUAAUCCAUCACACUUGGAGGCUGCCAAUCCAGUAUCUAUGGGGAAAACAAGGUCCAAGCAGUUGCAGUAUCGGGAAGGGCAUUACAGCGAGAAUAAGACUUCCAAAAUGGGAGACAAGUUUCUGAACGUGCAGAUCCAUGGAGACGCAGCGUUCACAGGCCAGGGGGUGAACCAAGAAACUUUGAUGUUGUCUCAAGCCCCGCAUUUCAACGUCGGCGGGUCUCUGCAUGUAGUCGUAAAUAAUCAGGUCGGAUUCACACUGCCGGCUCUAAGAGGCCGCUCCUGCCGCUACGUGACGGACCUGGCAAAAACUAUUUCCGUCCCAGUUAUACAUGUGAAUGGGGACUACCCCGAGCUCGUGGUGAAAGCAACAAACAUAGCGUUCGAGUACCAAAGACAAUUCCGGAAGGACGUGUUCAUAGACUACAACUGCUAUAGGCGUUGGGGACACAACGAGCUGGAUGACCCGACCUUCACCAACCCCCUCAUGUAUAAACUCAUACACAGUAGAAAGUCCAUACCAGAUCUGUACGCAGAAAGGCUGGUGUCAGAAGGAGUCUUAUCUCCUGAGCAAGUGAGCCGCAUCACUGAGGAGUACACCAAGUAUUUGCAAUCACAAUUCGAAGCUGUUCCAUCGUAUAAGCCUGAAGUAUCUUACUUCCAAGACCAGUGGUCCAAAAUGGGUCCAGCACCUCGCAGCGUCGAGACCUGGGACACCGGAGUAGACACAGGACUGCUGAAGGUGGUCGGCCAGGCCUCAGUCAGCUUUCCUGGUGACUUUAACAUACAUCCUCAUCUUGAUAAAACACACGUCAAGAACCGGUUAACGAGGCUGAAUGAAGAAAAACAGCUGGACUGGGCAACUGCAGAAGCAUUAGCAUUUGGUUCGUUACUAAUGGAAGGGCGUCACGUGCGCCUCAGCGGCGAGGACGUGGGCCGAGGCACGUUCUCCCACCGCCACGCGAUGCUGGUGGACCAGCAGAAUGAGAGCAUAUACAUACCUCUCAACCAUAUACACGAAGACCAAAAAGGCUUUUUAGAGGUGGCCAAUUCUAUCUUGUCUGAAGAGGCGGUGCUGGGCUUCGAGUACGGGAUGGCCUACGAUUGUCCAGACAACUUGGUUGUAUGGGAGGCGCAAUUUGGAGACUUCUACAACGGUGCCCAGAUCAUAGUCGAUACGUAUAUUGCUUCUGGAGAAGCAAAAUGGGUGCGCAGCAAUGGUCUCGUAAUGCUCUUACCUCACGGAUACGACGGGGCAGCAUCAGAGCACUCUUCAUGUAGACUCGAGAGGUUCCUACAGCUGACUGAUAGCAAGGAGACGGUUCCAGACUCCGAAGAUGUUUGUAUGCACGUCGCCAACCCGACCACUCCGGCGCAAUACUUUCAUCUACUCAGAAGACAGGUUGUGCGUAACUACAGGAAGCCAUUGAUAGUGGUCGCGCCCAAAUUGCUCCUCAGACUAGCAGACGCUGUGUCUCCUCUGUCAGAUUUCGGACCACGAACGCAUUUCUUGCCUGUCAUUGGUGACAAAACUGCUGAUCCCUUGAAUGUGAAACGAGUUAUUUUAGUAUCUGGCAAGCAUUACUACGAACUUCACAAGGAGAGGGUUCGCGCCAAGAUCGACGACGUGGCCAUCAUCAGAGUGGAAUCUUUGGCGCCGUUCCCGCUUCAAGGACUGCAGGAGGAAUUAAACAAAUAUAGUAAUGCUAGAAAAUUUAUAUGGAGUCAAGAGGAGCAUAGAAACAUGGGUGCCUGGAGUUUUAUCAAGCCCAGAUUUGAAAAUCUACUGGGCAGAAAGUUGGUUUAUGCGGGGAGGGCAGAGGCUGCCACGCCGGCCGUGGGUACCUCCGUAUUGCACCGAGCUGAAGUCGAGCAUAUACUGAAGGAGCCUUUGUAUAAUAUCAAAUAAAUAAAUGUGAUUACUUACAUAUUAAGAACGUUAUUCAAAUAAGUCUCAAUUUUUCUUGUAAUAAAUGUUAUGAAAAUCA